UCAAAAUGUAUUUGCUACAAGUGGCAGUCUGUUUCGUUAUUAUCGGAAACGUAAGCCUAGUUACUACUGCAACAGUAAGAUGGUUUAACCAGAAUAGACAUGUAUUUCAAAAUAUGAUAUACAGCGAGAGGCAAAUUAUGAAACUCAAGUAUAGUACUGAUAAGAUGUAUAGCUAUAAUUAUUAUUAUCCACUUGGAAAAAUAACGAAAUCCAAAACUUUCUGGACAAAGAUAUCAAAAGCACCGUCGUGCUCCGUGGAAUUGCCAUGGUGGUUAAAUAACACACGACCUAAAAGAGCUCAGUGUUCAACUUGCUGUCCAACUAAAUUUUCGGCAACAGCUCCGGUAAAAAUAGAAUACAAAGGUAAAUCGUAUGACGUUCAUAAGCCAGCAGAUGGAUGGCAGAUCUUGUUUCUAGGAAAAUGUCCUGCUAGGGCUACCUGUAACUUCGGCCAAUGUCAACCAGAACAUGAUUACCAUACGUGGAUCCUUAUACAAGAUCCAGAAAUAAACACUGAACCAAAGAUAAGAUUUGUUCCUGUGUCUUAUCCUAGGUUUUGUAAAUGUGUAAAUAGUUCAUGAUAAAAUUUAGAGAAAAUCGUGUAUAUGACUGAUCAAUUGUAUUGUGAUUUUUGAGUUGUCUUUCGUAGAAGCAUCAAUGUACUACGUGAAUAAUUUUUCUAUCGUAUUCCUAUUGUGCACUUGUACCAGUGUUUUUUUUAUUACUUUAUAUGUUUUAUGUUUGUUUCUGCAAUAACAUGUACCUCCACCACUUAUUUCCAUUACAUAUCAGCACACUUGUUUCUGUGUUGGUAUGAAUCAGCGCUAAUGGCAAAUCUAAAAAAACAUCCGUUUAAUUUCAAUUCA